CGAGGAGGCCACUAUAAUUGUUGCCAGAAACGACAUCCGGUCAGGGUUGCUGCUUUGACGGGGAGAACAAUGCUGCUGGUGUUGCAGUCCCGCUCAUAAUAAUAAUACCCUCAUCAACUCCUACUCUUUAUCGGUAGAGAGAAAACCUAAUCGCCGCGCAAUCAACCAUUGGCGUGGCUGCGCCGCCAUGCUUCAACCACGAACCUGGCUGCGACAGCCAUCUCGGUCAUGCCAAUGCAUAUUGUCGAGCAUUUCCGUCCGAGCCUACGCCGCUGCCGCUUCUUCAGCUAUCGCUCGCAACCCGAUUCAGCCCGUCGUUGAGGACCAUGGUGUCGCAAAGUCUGGGCCGAAGCCCCAGGGCGCCUUUGCCCUUCGCUCUUACAAACCUCGAACCCCAGGUCUUCGUCACCUGCGUCGGCCGAUAAACGAUCACUUGUGGAAGGGUCGCCCCGUGAUGAAGCUUACCUUCCCCAAGAAGGGUCAAGGAAAAGGUGGUCGUAAUAACUCUGGAAGAGUCACUGUUCGACAUCGGGGUGGUGGACACAAGCGGAGAAUCCGAAUGGUCGACUUCAUGCGCGCGAAGCCCGGCAAACAAACCGUUCAGCGAAUUGAAUACGAUCCCAAUCGCAGCGGGCAUAUUGCCCUGAUCAAAUCAGAUGUCGAUGGAGAAUUAUCCUACAUUCUGGCAGCCGAAGGAAUGAGAGCUGGCGAUUCUGUAGAGAGUUACCGCUCUGGUAUUCCACAAGCGCUUCUCGAUAGCAUGGGAGGAACGGUGGAUCCUGGUAUGUUGGCAGCAAAGACGGCCACAAGAGGCAACUGUCUGCCCUUGAAGUUGGUUCCAAUUGGUACCCUUGUCUACAAUGUCGGCUCGGCGAAGGACCGUGGAGGUGUCUUUUGCCGGAGUGCUGGUACUUAUGCUACAGUCAUCGCCAAAGAUGACAGCAAGGGCGGCGCUCGUCACGUUACAGUUCGGCUUCAGAGUGGUGAAGUCCGCAAAGUGAGCAAGGAUGCUUGCGCCACCAUUGGUGUCGCCAGCAAUUCGCACUGGCAGCACCGUCAGCUGGGUAAGGCCGGUCGGUCUCGAUGGCUGGGUAUCAGACCCACGGUGCGUGGUGUUGCAAUGAACGCUGCUGAUCACCCUCACGGUGGUGGACGUGGUAAAUCCAAGGGUAAUGUGCACCCUGUGAGCCCAUGGGGCAUGCCGGCCAAAUCCGGUUACAAGACUCGCAAGGUGCGGAAUCCGAACAAGUGGGUUGUGGUGGCUCGGACAAGAAACCAGGGCAAGAGAAGAAGAGGCCGAAACUAAACUCAGACGUCUCGAAACAUGCAUUCCUAUACAUUGGUCCUCGACGUUAUCACCACUACAAUCAUCUUUCUUCGAAAAGCAUCAACCAUGUACAAUAUAUAGAUUUUCGGCGCAUCCAUUAUCUAUUCUCUUGUUAUAUACAAUUUCAAUUCAUUUGUUCCACGUAACUGUGUACUUGGACCAG